AUGGUCGCCGCUAAGCAACUCAGCCUCGCUGCCAUGCUCUGGCUUGGACUCGCUAGCCGAGGACUCGCCCUGGAGAUCGAUGAAACCAACAACGACCUCAACCUUGUGGCCAGAGAUGAUCUUGAUCUCGAAACCCGUGACCUCAACUGGGAUCUCGAUCUUGAAGAGCGAGACGAAGAUUUUGACCUUGAAGAGCGGGACGAGGAUUUUGAUCUUGAAGCCCGAGAUGAAGAUGAAGAGCUCGAGGUUCGGGACGAGGAUGUUGAUCUCGAGGCUCGUGACGACCUUGAAGUUCGCAGGGGAGGAGGCGGUGGCGGCGGCCGUGGCUCUGGAGGUGCUCGAAGCCACCGUCACACACGAGACCUCGAAGUCCGUAGGGGAGGAGGUGGUGGUGGCGGCCGUGGCUCUGGCGGUGCCCGAAGCCACCGUCACACACGAGACCUCGAAGUCCGUAGGGGAGGUGGCGGUGGUGGCGGCCGUGGCUCUGGCGGUGCUCGAAGCCACCGUCACACUCGAGACCUCGAGGUCCGCAGGGGAGGAGGCGGUGGCGGCGGCCGUGGCUCUGGUGGUGCUCGAAGCCACCGUCACACACGAGACCUCGAGGUUCGCAGGGGAGGAGGCGGUGGCGGCGGCCGUGGCUCUGGUGGUGCUCGAAGCCACCGUCACACACGAGACCUCGAGGUUCGCAGGGGAGGAGGCGGUGGCGGCGGCCGUGGCUCUGGUGGUGCUCGAAGCCACCGUCACACACGAGACCUCGAGGUCCGUAGGGGAGGAGGCGGCUCAGGCUCUGCCGGGGCUCGUGGCCACCAUCACUAA